AUGAGCCUCCAGGCCCAGAAGCGGCGGCUCGCCGACGACGCGUCGGCGGGCUUCGUGUCCCGGCUCUGGCACUUCGGCGCCGUGACGAAUCCGCUCAACUGCCUGGCGACGGCCGAAGAGCUCGACGCCGCCGAGGCCGCCUACGUCGACGACGGGAGCGCGACGACGCUCUACGAGUCGGCCUUCCACCCGGACGCGGGCGACCGCAUCCCCCUCGUGGGCCGCAUGUGCUUCCAGGCGCCGGGCUGCGCGAUCCUCGCCGCGUGCAUGCUCGUCUGGCACCGGAGCCUGCCCGGCACGCUGUUCCUCCAGUGGGCGAACCAGUCGUUCAUGGCCGUCUGCAACUACAGCAACCGCGACGCGGCCGACGAGGCGGAGCGCGACGACGUGCUCGCGCCGUACCUCGGCGCGACGUUCGGGUCCAUGGCCACCGCCGUCGCGCUCAAGCGGUCCCUGCCGGCGCGCUGGUCCGUCCUCGUCCCCGCGGCGUCCAUCUCCGUCGCGUCGAUCGUCAACGUGCCGUCGAUGCGGUCCGGCGAGCUCCGCCAUGGUCUGGUCGUCGAGGACGCGCGCGGCGACGCGCUCGAGGCGAGGAGCCGGGCCGCCGCGGCCUUCGCCGUCGGCGCCGUGACCGCGAGCCGCAUUCUGAACGGCUGCGCGGACCUCGUCGUCGCGCCCGCGCUCGUCGGCGCCGCCAAGGCCCGCGGCUGGCGCGUCGCCCACUCCACGAACCCCGCCGUCACCGUCCCGCUCUACGCGUCGCUCUGCUUCGCGACGCUCGCGCUGAGCACGCCGCUCGUCUGCUCGCUCGUGCCCCAGCGGUCCUCGCUCGGGGCGCCCUGGCUCGACGUCGGGGUGGCCGCGGAGCUCCGCGCCCGCGACGCGCCGCCGCGCGUCUUCUUCAACGAGGGCCUCUAG